AACAUGAGCUUAUUUUGGAUCAUAGGAUUGGUUAUAACCUUACUGGUUAUUAGGAUUAGCCAUUGGUGGUACCUAUGGUCAAACCCCAAGUCUAAUGGCAAGUUACCUCCAGGAUCAAUGGGUUUCCUCAUCGGAGAGACAUUCCAGUUCUUUAAGCCUUAUGGAUUCUACGAGAUCUCUCCAUUUCUCAACAAGAAGAUGUUAAGGUAUGGGCCUUUGUUUCGGACGAGCAUUCUUGGAGUUAAAACCGUGGUCUCGACAGAUAUGGAUGUGAACAUGGAGAUUUUACGGCAAGAGAACAAGUCUUUCAUUUUAAGUUAUCCGGAUGGUUUAGCUAAGCCAUUAGGAAAAGACAGCUUGUUCUUCAAGACAGGAAACAUCCACAAGCACAUCAAACAACUCACUCUUCACCUUUUGGGCUCCGAGAAUUUGAAGCGGAAGAUCAUAAAAGAUAUGGACCGUGUGACUCGCGAGCAUCUUAGUUUGAAGGCUAGCGAAGGAAGAUUCGACGUCAAAGACGCAGUUUCGAGUUUGAUAACAGCCCACAUGACACCAAAGGUGAUAAGUAAUUUGAAACCAGAGACUCAGUCAAAGCUUAUCAAGAACUUCAAGGCAUUUAGUUUUGAUUGGUUUCGGACAUCCUAUCCUCUCUCUGCCGGGAGAGGUCUCUACAAUACCCUUAGGGCAUGCAGAGAGGGGAUGCAAGUGUUGAAAGAUGUUCACAUGAGGAAGAAAACGUCAGGAGAGAUGUACGGUGACUUCCUUGACACGGCAAUAGAAGUGUUAGAGAAAGAAGGCGGCUUAGUGAACGAAGAUGCGAUUAUAACCCUAAUCUUCACUCUUUCCUGUAUCAUUCAAGAUACCACCUCUAAGGCCACUUGCAUGGCUGUUAAAUUCAUAUCGGAAAACCCAAAAGUUCUCGCAGAAUUGAAGAGAGAGCAUGAGACGAUCCUUGCAAGCAGAGAAGAUAAAGAUGGUGGAGUUACUUGGGAAGAAUACAGAAAGAUGACUUUCACCAACAUGGCUAUCAAUGAGUCGCUUCGAUUGGCAAAUAUGGCUCCUAUGAUGUUUAGAAAAGCGGUCAAGGAUGUGGAAAUCAAAGGAUAUACGAUUCCAGCAGGUUGGAUAGUGAUGGUUAUACCUUCCGUGGUCCAUCUUGAUCCUGAAAUUUAUGAAAACCCUUUUCAGUUUAAUCCAUGGAGAUGGGAGGGGAAAGAGUUGCGGUCUGUGUCUAAAACGUUCAUGGUGUUUGGAGCGGGAGUAAGACAAUGUGCUGGUGCAGAGUUUGCUAGGCUUCAGAUCUCGAUCUUCCUUCAUCAUCUUGUUACCAACUACGAUUUCUCGUUGUCCCAAGACUGCGAGGUGAUUCGUGUACCAGGUGCUCACUUCCCCAACGGGAUCUCUAUAAACAUCUCCAAGUGUCCCAAAUGA